CCGAUUGGAGGAUAGGAAGGGCCCUUCCGCGCUCUGAUUGGCCGGAGGCAGAGGCACCCGCAACCGUUGGGGUUUGGAGCGGGUCUCCACGUGGGGGGAGGAAGAGGAGCGAGAGCCGUUGGGGGUUCUUGGGGGCGUCGCCAUGGAGGGGGAGAAGGAGAAGGCCUCGGACCCCGUCCCGACUAAGAAAAAGAGGAAGCAGCCCCAGAGGUACUGGGAGGGGGACGGGGGCCAGGCCCCAGAGCCUACAGGGGCCACAGCGGCAGACACGAAGAAGCCACGGCCGGAUGGGGGCUCCCGGAGGAAGAAAAGAGAGCCUGACCGCCAAAAGAACAGGAUCUCCGGGAAGGUGGAUCCCUUCCCUGGGGACCCUGCCGUCCCGGCUGAACGGAUUAAGAAGUUCCAGAGAGGAAAAAAAGAGAAGCUGAAGGCGGCCUCGAACCGGCGUCUCAAGCACCAGCUGGCCUUGCAAGAAGAGAAGGCGGAGGCAGCUGCCAAGCAAGCGGCCCGGACGGAGCUGCUGCUCCUGGAGGAGCCCGGGUUUCUGGAAGGCGAAGAAGGCGAGGACACCUGUACCAUCUCCCAGUCGGACAUUGCAGACGCGGUGGACCUCGCGGCCGGUGCCAAGCAUUUUGAGCUCAGGCUGAACCAGUUUGGGCCCUACAGAGCGAGCUACACCCGCAACGGCAGGCAUCUCCUCCUGGGAGGACGCCGGGGCCACGUGGCAGCUCUGGACUGGCACACGAAAGCCCUGAUGUGCGAAAUCAACGUCAUGGAAUCCAUCAACGACCUCACGUGGCUGCACACGGAAACCAUGUUCGCGGUGGCCCAGCGCCAGUGGCUGUACGUCUACGACAACCAAGGCUUGGAGCUGAACUGCCUGAAGCGUUUUUACCGGGUCCAGCGGAUGGAGUUCCUGCCUUACCACUUCCUCCUGGCUACAGCGAGCGAGACGGGAUUCCUCCAGUACCUGGACAUCUCCGUGGGGAAGGAGGUUGCUGCCAUCUGCACCAAGGGGGGCCGGCUUGGCGUGAUGGCCCAGAACCCCUCCAAUGCCAUCAUCCACCUGGGCCAUAGCAACGGCACCGUGACGCUCUGGAGCCCCAAUGUCAAGGAGCCGCUAGUCCGGAUGCUCUGCCACCGAGGGGGUGUCCGGGCCCUGGCCGUAGAUGCCACUGGCACGUACAUGGCCACCUCGGGCCUCGACCGGAAGCUCCACCUCUACGACCUGCGUGCUUACCGGCGCCUCCACUCCCUGUUGCUGCCCAUGGGGGCCGGUCAUCUGGACUUCAGCCAGCGGGGGCUCCUAGGGGCCGCUUGUCAGGAGGUCGUCCAGUCAUCUAGUCCAGCCGCAGCCUUAGCGUUGGCUUGCCUCCUGGUCGCUCAUUUCGGGGAGGGGGUCCCCACGAAGCUCGGCCCUCUGCGGUUUGGGGGGCCCUUCCCUCUCAGCUGCCCGGUUCUUUUCCUCCCACAGAUCCCAGCAGAACUGAUCUCUCUCGACACGGUCCAGCUGGGGGCGGUGGACAUCAUCUCCUUGGAGCAGAGCCAUAAGGAGCGCGUGGAGCGGCUGGGAGAAAACCUGCCCAAGGAGAAAUACUUUCCCUUCCCGUUCCCCUGCCUUGCUCCUCUACAGACGGCGAUCCGGAAGAGCGUGGCAAAGAAGCUGGAGGCUCAGAAGCAGCAGCAGGAGGAAGCCACCAAGGGGGCUGCCCCGCCAGGGCAGAGGUCAGCGCUGGACCGGUUUAAGAAGUAGCCGUGGGAUCGAGUGAAGCAGCGGCAGAAGCUGGAGCCGCCCCCCGUGGGGGCAAGACAAGGGGCCCGGGGCUCAGUUAAGGGACUGUUCUGGGGCUGGGUGGGGUGGGUUUGUGACUAGAAGGCCCCCAUCCUGGACCUUCAACCCCCCUUUUCCUGUAAUAAAAGAACCUAGUCUGUUUUCCGCCUGCCUCUGUGCAGAUCUUUCGCUGUGGAUUUGAGCAAUGUGUGUGCCUGUGUGUUCAGGCCCAGAGGGGGCCUCGAGAGGGAGCUUUGUGGCCCUUUUAAGGUUCUGUGGAUUUAGUUUGGCCGAAGCCUCUAUGGGAUGGCAGCCCACCCCUUCGGAUGCCUCUCCGUCCCGGAUUCCUGUACGGGCAGGGGGUCGGUCUAGAUGGCCUCACGGGUUCCCUCCCCACCCGCCGAUUCUGUGGCUUCUGCCGAAGGUGCUGCCAGUGACCUCCCUGGUUGGGUCAGCAGGUAAGAAAGUCUGGCCAGGCAGGGGUGCAGAUUUGCAGGCCUGGCCUCCCUCCCC